AAAUAUAUAUAAUCACAUUGAUAGAGCAUGUCAGACAGAGUUAAGGUGACCUCGUCUUGAAUCAACUUCACAAUGAAUUCUACUUGUUUGUGGGUUUUAUUGCUGUUGUGUGGCUUGACUUCAGCCGAGGUUGGUGAGAAUGUUGUUGAAACACGUUCAUGCUUUCCUGAUAUGUGUGAUCUUCUGAGAGAGUUCGGAUCCAUGGCAGACAAACUCAAAGUUAUGGAAACCAGGCUGCAGGACAGUGAAAGCAGGCUGCAGAACAGUGAAACCGGGCUGAAGAUGACUAAAACCAGGCUGAAGAUGACUGAAACCAGGCUGCAGGACAGUGAAACCAGGCUGAAGAUGACUGAAACCAGGCUGCAGGACAGUGAAACCGGGCUGAAGAUGACUGAAACCAGGCUGAAGAUGACUGAAACCAGGCUGCAGGACAGUGAAUCCAGACUAGAGGUCAGUGAAGCCAGGCUGAAAAUUGGUGAAACCAGGCUAAGUGACAGUGAACACCAGAUUCUUGAUCUGAAGAGCAAAGAGAGAACCAAGGUGAUCUUCAGUGCAGCGAUAGGAGGUAGUGCAGACGUUGGACCCUUCAACACAGACACAACUUUAGUCUACAGAACAGUGAUCACAAACAUCGGCAACGCCUACAAUGCAGCCACAGGUAUCUUCACUGCACCUGUUGCAGGUGUUUAUUACUUCACCAUCUUUUGUCAUAGUGGAGGUGACCAUAUAACAUCUCUGAGGCUCUACAAGAACUCCGAGAUGAUGGUUGUGACCCAAGAUUACCCUACAGAGACUGACCAAGCUGAUAAUGGAGGAAACGCAGUGUUCCUUCAGCUGCAGCCAGGAGACCAUGUGUAUGUGGUCCUGGCUGUAAAUACUUAUGUUUGGGGAAACAACUAUAUUACGACUUUUAGUGGUUCUUUGGUCACUCAAUGUGAGAAUUAAUACUCUGCUCUUCCCUACAUAAAUGUAUCUAUUAUACCAUUAUAUUUGAAAUGUGAUGAAAAAGAAAGAUGUUGAUUAUCAAAUAAAAAAUCUGAUAUUCAUUAGCCUUCUUGUAUCACCUCUUAGCUGGACAGAAUAUAACAACCCCGGACAGGAAGUCAGACAAGGAAACGCACAGAGCGCACUCGCGAUCAUAUUUUUCAUCACUUUAUCAACAUUACGUCAAAACAGGCACCAAAAGAACUACAAAUCAUCAGAGCAACAUGUUGUUUGCAUGUUUUUCUCUUUAUUCCCCGUGUGAUCUUGUAUUUCUCCUGUGAUGUGUGUACAGCUGCUCAUUGCUGCUGUCCGCUGUGCUCACGUUCCAGAAGCGGAUGCAGUGGGGCAGAGCGUUUCUUAGAAUGCCUUGUUUUGUUCUAUGCUGACGACAUACAGUACUUGUUCCCUGGAUCGUUGGUUUCCAACCUGGGGUCUGGGCCCCUUAACCUAAGUGGGUGCGAUAAAGAUCUUGGGGGGGUCGGUUGGGGGUGAGGCUUUGUCUGCUCUCAGGUUAUCAAUUAGGAUUUGCAGUUUGCCACAAAGGUGUUGUGUGUUAGCCUAUUCUGUUGGGAUCGUAUCAAGAAAAACAACUACAAUUAUGUUCA